AUACGAAAAAAUCGCAUGGUUAUUUCAAAUUGGAUAAAAUAUGCUCAAUGGGAAGAGAGUCAGAAACAAAUACAAAGAGCACGGUCUAUAUAUGAACGUGCCUUAGACGUCGAUCAUAGAAAUAUUACAUUAUGGCUUAAAUAUACAGAGAUGGAAAUGCGAAAUCGUCAAGUAAAUCAUGCGAGAAAUUUAUGGGAUCGUGCUGUUACGAUAUUGCCAAGAGCAAAUCAAUUUUGGUAUAAAUAUACUUAUAUGGAGGAAAUGUUGGAAAAUAUUGCAGGAGCGCGUCAAGUAUUUGAAAGAUGGAUGGAAUGGGAACCAGAUGAACAAGCUUGGCAAACCUACAUUAAAUUUGAAUUCAGAUAUAAAGAAAUACAGAGAGCUAGGCAAAUUUAUGAACGAUUUGUAAUGGUUCAUCCUGAUGUCAAACAUUGGAUAAAAUAUGCACGUUUCGAAGAAUCUCAUGGUUUCAUUAAUGGAGCUCGUGAUGUCUAUGAACGUGCUAUUAAUUUUUAUGGCGAUGAAAAUUUAGAUGAAAAAUUAUUUAUUGCAUUUGCAAAGUUUGAAGAAGGGCAAAGAGAACAUGACCGAGCCAGAGUAAUUUACAAAUAUGCAUUAGAUCAUAUUCCAAAAGAGAAAACACAAGAAAUUUAUAAAGCAUACACAGUACAUGAGAAAAAAUAUGGAGACCGUUCAGGUAUUGAGGAUGUAAUUGUGAGCAAACGAAAAUACCAAUAUGAACAAGAGGUAAAAGAGAAUCCUUCUAAUUAUGAUGCCUGGUUUGACUAUUUGAGAUUGGUAGAGUCAGAAGGAAAUGUAGACGUUAUUAGGGAAACUUAUGAACGCGCGAUAGCUAACGUUCCUCCAACCAAAGAAAAACAGUUUUGGAGAAGAUACAUUUAUCUUUGGAUAAAUUAUGCUCUUUUUGAAGAACUUGAUACCGAGGAUAUCGAAAGAUGUCGACAAGUUUACAGGGCAUGCUUAGAAUUAAUUCCCCACAAGCAUUUUACAUUCUCUAAAAUUUGGUUACUUUAUGCAUGUUUUGAAAUAAGACAUAAAAAUUUAACAGCAGCUAGAAAAACAUUGGGUAUGGCAUUAGGAAUUUGUUCUAGAGAUAAAUUAUACCGUGGAUAUAUUGAUUUAGAAAUACAAUUGAGAGAAUUUGAUAGAUGUAGAAUCUUGUAUGAAAAAUUCCUUGAAUUUGGUCCAGAAAAUUGCACUACAUGGAUGAAGUUCGCAGAAUUAGAAACUCUUUUAGGUGAUGUAGAACGUGCACGGGCUAUUUAUGAAUUAGCUAUAUCACAGCCAAGAUUGGAUAUGCCCGAACUUUUAUGGAAAUCGUACAUUGAUUUUGAAAUAUCACAAGAUGAAACGGAAAAUGCGCGGCAAUUAUUUGAAAGGUUAUUGGAACGUACACUUCAUGUUAAAGUGUGGAUUGCAUACGCUAAAUUUGAAUUGGCAAAUUCAACGACCGAGGAUGGUCUUGAUAAUGUUGUCUUAGCAAGAAGAAUCUUCGAACGAGGAAACGAUGCACUUAGAUCGAACGGUGACAAAGAAAGCAGGGCACUGCUUUUAGAAGCAUGGAGAGAUUUUGAAAAUGAGAAAGGGGAUGAUGAAACUCGUGCUAAAAUUAUGGAAAAAAUGCCUCGAAGAAUUAAACGGAGAAGGCGUAUUGUUGGAGAAGAUGGGAGCGAUGACGGUUGGGAGGAAGUAUUUGAUUUUGUUUUCCCAGAAGAUGAAUCACAAAAGCCGAAUCUUAAAUUUUUGGCGUCUGCUAAAGCUUGGAUAAAACAGAAGGAAAUGAAGGAAAGAAAUGAAAGUAAUCAGAAUGCCAAUGUUCAAUUAGACUCCAAUAGUUAA